AUGACUCGUCUAUGUUCCAUUCCCGCGCAGGCGCGGAGACCUCUCGUCCGCUCAUCGUUGAAGCAAAUGUCGAGGUUCUCGACUUCAUCCCGGACCUGCGACUAUGCCGAUACGCUCCAGAACUUAAAGAUAGGCGCCCACACCAGGGUUUUGUUCCAGGGCUUUACGGGUAAGUCGAUAGCUUCCACUGCCACCGCCAAUGCCAAGGAGUCGUUGGAAUGGGGCACAAAGAUUGUUGGAGGCGUAAAGCCGGGCUUCGAUACUUCGCAUCUUGGUCUUCCCGUAUUUCCGUCGGUUCGAGCGGCUCGCAUGAGGGCUCAACCGGACGCUACUGCGAUCUAUGUGCCCGGUAAUCAGACCGCCAAAGCAAUCGAAGAGGCCAUCGAAGAAGAAAUCCCACUUGUUGUGGCGGUGGCGGAACAUGUCCCAAUCCAUGAUAUGCUUAGAAUCCACUCCAUGCUAAAGUCCCAAUCGAAAACGAGACUGGUAGGGGCCAACUGUCCGGGAAUUAUCUCGCCCAUUGGUAGAUGCCGCAUCGGAUUCCAGCCACUACCCUGUUUCGCAGCAGGCAAUAUUGGUAUCGUUGCCAAGUCAGGAACUCUGAGCUACGAGACUGUUGCGUCAACCAGCCGAGCGGGUCUCGGGCAGAGUCUUUGUGUUGGGAUGGGAGGUGAUCCUCUGGCAGGGACUAACUUUGUCGAUGCGUUGAACAUCUUUGAACAGGACCCUGACACCGAAGGUAUCAUCCUCGUUGGUGAGACUGGCGGUACCGCGGAGAUGGAUGCAGCGGAGUGGAUUAAGGACUACCACAAAAGAACCUCCAAUCCCAAACCGAUCAUGGCACUUGUCGGUGGCGUGUAUACUCCUCCUGGUCGGAUCAUGGGCCAUGCCGGUGCCUGGACAGCCCCUGGCGAACCCAAUGCCAAAGCCAAGUAUGAAGCCCUUGAACGUGCCGGUGCGGUCAUGGUGGACCACCCGGAAAAAUUCGGGGAAUUAAUGAAGACCCUCCUGACAACCCGAGGCCGUCUUCAAGGCACUACUUCCACCAACGGAUUCAACCAACGACGAGGUCUCCAUACGAUGAGACGCGUGACACCGGGCCGUAAGGGAGCAUGUCAGCCCCAGCAAACCCGAAGCAUCUAUGUGAAACCGUUCCAGGCUCUUGAUAUGCUCAGGGAAAAGUCCAUCCCAGUGAACGAGACAGCCCAUUCAGAUGUCUUCCUGUCCCUCACCAUCGACAGAACAGCAUUGUCACCAUGUAUUCUCGCCUCCACGUCCACUGGCUUCGAACCCGAGCAGACAGGCCGAUUCCCAUUUGCAUACGAGGGCACGGACUUUAGCAAGGAUCAUUCACUGGUCGAGGCCAUCGCCUCCCACCUGCAGCUUCCCGCGGCGGCUUACGACAACCUGGCGCGACUGCUGCAGGGAUUAUGGCAGAUAUUCAGGGAGAAAGAGGCGUACAUCCUGGAAGUGCGUGCUAACGUUACUAACAAAUUCGAAGUCCGCGAUGCCCGCUUUGGGUUCGACGACGCCGCCUUCCGGAGUGCAGGACGUCAGCAAGAGGUGCAGCAAUUGAGAAACUUGGCCGAAGAAGUGGUUGAGGAAGUCGAAGCCGAGAAAGAUGGCAUCGUUUACAUCAAACUGGAAGGUGCAGGAAGUAUCGGGACCCUAGUGAACGGCGCGGGACUGGCAAUGAACACGGUGGACGCACUGACGAUCCACGGGGGGCGCUGCGCAAACUUCCUGGACACAGGCGGCAAGGCCACAACGGAGACAGUCAAGGCCUCGUUUAGGCUCAUUACAUCGGACCCACGUGUUAAGGCGAUCUUCGUAAACAUCUUUGGGGGAUUGACUCGCUGUGACAUGAUCGCGGAAGGGAUCAUCCAAGCGUUUCGAGAAACGAAGAUGAGCGUGCCCGUGGUGGUACGACUUCGAGGAACAAACGAGGCGCUCGGACAGCACUUGAUCGCGUCGAGCAAACUACCACUGGAGGUGUACGACGGUUUCGAAGCAGCAGCGCACCGAGUGAUUGAACUGGCGGGAGAUCGGAAGCACUAUUAUUGA